AUGCUAGCCAUGACGGCUUUGAAUCGCCUGGCGCCCAUUAUCGGCGUGUACGACUUCUCAUGGAUCACCGAGGCAUCGGAAAUGGAAGGCGGUAGCAGAGUAACACUGGUCGAUGUUGGCGGCGGCAGCAGCCAUGAGAUUCAGUCUAUCUGCGAGAACAAUGGCCUGCCGCUUGCACGUUGUGUGUUCCAGGACAAGGAGACUGUCAUCUCGAAGGUCGAAAAUCGGGGACUCUGCCGGGAUUGA